CUGCUUCUGGCCACAACCGCCGUCACGAGCCCACAGCUGACUCAAUUCCUUCCUCAAGACCGCCACACGUCAGGCUAGAUCCAGGCUUAGGUAUCACCCAGAUGCAGCGUAUCACCUCCUUCAGGCGGCUCCUGUGCCCGGUGUUACGGACACGUUGCUACUCGCAAGCCGUCUCGCAAGGACCUGCCGCGCAGCGUGCCCCAUUGGCAGUGCAGUACCCGUACUAUAUACCAAGGAACUCACGGGGAUCUAUUCCUGUGUACUCAGAUGUCCGCAAUGCCGGUGGGAGAUAUCUGAUUCUGAUUCGUAACAUUGAGGGAAACGUGAACGCACUGGCACACGAUCUUAGAAAAACACUGUUCCCGGCAGAGUCGCCUGAAAGCGCGAGACUUCGUGUGGAGGUGAAAGCUUCGAAGCAUCUGAUCAUUACCGGUUGCCGCGCGAAACACCGAGUUAUUGAAUGGUUUCAGCAAAGAGGCUUCUAAACAUCAAGACCUCGAGAUGGAUCGCAUGCAUGCUGCCGAUGUAGACUGUCCGGAAGCAUCGAUACAGGUGCGACAGACGUGAUAUUUACGGCCCGUGCGGUGCCCAAUCGGACACUGCUACCUCAUGGGAUUUAAGAGCCGUGAACACAUUCAUGGACGUAGUUCACUGUUUUCCCGAGUCUCUGCGUUCUAGCCAGGAGGUUGUUAACGUUCAUCCCGCUUACACACGUACAAGGCCAUCUUCUCCGAAGUUUCCUCGCGGUAAGAACGCACAGC